AUGACGUCCGGCUUUCUCAAACCCCUCGCGGUAUUUUGCAGUCAAUCGCAGUCUCGGCGUUACAUCAAAGGUGUCAGGAACCUUGGGGAUGCGUGGCGAACUCUUGCCGAAAAGCCUCUUCCUGAGUGCGAUAAGAACUCCGUUCUGGUGGAGACCAACUUUGACUUUGUUCUAAAAAUCACGAACGCACUGGAAGAGCAACACCAGUCGAAACAGACGAUUGUUGAGAUGUCGACCAACGAGCCUCUUUUAUCUAUCCCAUCCACCAACCAAUCUUUACCAACAGGACACCUCCGCCACUAUCGUAUCUUUGCUGACUACGGCACGGAGCUUAUUUGGCGUGAUCCGGAUGAUGUUACGUCUGAAGAAGGGGACACUACGUUAGAUCCAGAAGACGUACUCGCUUCAUUCCCCCCCUCAGUCUUGGAGCUGUAUGAUGCAUGGGUGAACACAUACACCGAGAAUUUCAAGGACAGACGCGAGAAAACCGGCAAUUACCAUGUCUCAACUGUCUCAACCGCUUCUGAGGAAGUGGCUUGA